GCUAUCUAUCACGUAUAAAUAGGGCCAACAUGCUCGAAUCGGAUACCUUCUCUCCUCAGACCAGUCCCAAUGGCCAAAUUCUACGACGAUAUUCCUCCGUUCAUGAUCGAAUGGAUCCUCAAACAACACAUGUUCUGGGUAGCUUCAGCACCCCUCUCUGGCGCGGGGCACGUCAACGUAUCUCCCAAGGGCACUGCAGAUUGCUUCCAUGUCCUCGACAACCACAAGGUCUGGUAUGAGGAUCUGAGUGGAAGUGGCGUAGAGACUAUAUCGCACUUGCGUGAGCCUGGCAAUGGUAGAGUCACAAUCUUGUUCCAGGCAUUCGAAGGGCCAGCUCGUAUCGUCAGACUCUUUGGCUACGGAAAGUUCCACGAAUUUGGCACGCCUGAGUUCGACGCACUAAUCCCCCAGAACAUGCGCAAGCCAGGCUGCCGUGCCGCUAUCGUGAUUGAUGUUUACCAAAGCAUGACAUCUUGCGGCUACGCCGUUCCUUUCUAUCAGUUCGUCGGCCACCGCCACGAGCUUAUCCGCUUCUUUGAUAAGAGGGAGGUCGCUGACAGGCGUGCUGUGGAAGAAAGCUCCACUGAGCACCAAGCAAACGGUCUAAAGGCGUACUGGGCGUUGCAAAACUCGUCCUCUCUUGACGGUUUACCGGGACUCCAGAUCGCACAAGAUUCUGACGUCCUUCCCAUAAGCACUUUUGGCAGAGAUAUCAAGGAAGACGGAUCAAGCUCUAUCACAGCCGCUGCUAUUAAGACAGAGGUUCUAGAAAAGGUUGACCCUCGCAUAACAUUGAUGGCUGGUUUUUUCCUUGGGAUAGCGACCACAGCUCUUUUAUCGAAGCGUCUGAUGCCAGCUCUAGAGUCGUUCACGGGCUUCGCGCACUGGGCGACCAAGAUUCGGAACAGUCCAAUCAUUGCUGCCCGUCGAUUCCCUGACGCACCCCACCAUCCUUUCUCAACCAUGGGCAAGUAUUUCGACGAAAUCCCUCAAUUCAUGAUUCAAUGGAUCCUCAAGCAGCACCUAUUCUGGGUUGCAACUGCUCCGUUGUCUGGGACAGGCCAUGUUAAUGUCUCGCCUAAGGGGACGGCGGACUGCUUCCAUAUUGUUGAUAGUCAGAAGGUCUGGUAUGAAGACUUGAGCGGUAGCGGGAUUGAGACUAUAUCCCAUCUUCGUGAGCCUGGUAACGGACGGAUCCGAACUGUCAUGUUCCAAGCGUUCGAUGGACCAGCGUGCAUCGUCAGGCUCUUUGGGUAUGGGACAGUGCAUGAAUUCGCCACGCCCGAGUUCGACGCGUUGAUCUCUCCAGACAUGCGCAAGCCCGGCACCCGGGCCGCCAUCGUCAUCGACGUAUACCAAACCAUGACUUCCUGCGGCUACGCGGUCCCGUUCUACAAGUUUCUCGGCCACAGGCACGAACUUGUACGUUACUUCGUCAAACGGGAGGCAUCUGACCAGCGUGCCAUCGAAGAGGACUCUGCCGAAGCCAAGGCAGACAGUUUGAAGACAUUUUGGACGAAAUACAACCUGGCUUCUCGAGAUGGACUUCCUGCUCUUUUGACUGCGCCGGAAUCGGACGUCGUCCCUACCAGCACUCUUCGUAGAGACACCAAAGAGGAUAACACGGCGACGAAAGCUGCCAAAAGGAUGCAGAUGAAGACCAUUGCGAAACUUGAUCCUCAUAUCACACUAAUAGCCGGCUUUGUCCUGGGCAUCUUCGUCGCCUCCGUUUUGUCGAAGUGGAUCAUGACACCCCAACCACAACUGAUUUUCUUGCAUGAGCUGUAA